AUGCAAGCCAACUUCAAGGGCUUCACUUUUGUAAACGAGAGCUCUAUCGACCAUCAUCUGAAACACGACCCCGCUGACCGCAUGGACGAGGACCCUCUCAAUGAAGAAACCUGGCAGCGCACCCAUCGGGCCACCCAUUCGAACGAUCAACGUAUGAGCGGUGUCCAAAGGACCGACGGCCCAGAGACGGGGAUUUUCAACGUUGACGAUAAUUUCGACAUGUAA